AGUCUCAGGGAGACGGAGAGGGAGAGAGAGAGAGAGGAGAGAGAAUCCAAAAUGAGAAAAAUGGAAAUCCAAUAAUGCCAACUUAUUGAACUCAACGGCCUCCUUCGAGCGACAGAAAGUCCAAUUCUAGUUCUAGAGAGAGAGAGAGAGAGAGGGAAAGAGGAGAGAUGAUGUCUGAAAAAGAUCGAUUUACAUCGAUUUUAGUUACUAUUUUUUUUCUCUUCUGAUUGAAAUGAAAGCUGUUUGUGCUUGGCCAGCAGUCUUCUUAUUCUAAAGCAUAAAUAAGCAGGUUGGGGAAGAGAGAGGAAUUCUUUUCUUCAUUUGGUAAAAUGUGUUGCUUAAUCUAUCCGUGCCCUAGAUCCACGUCUUCAGCAAGCUUCAUCAUCAUCAACGAAACCUAGCCCUAGAUCAGUGUCUAGGGUUUCAUUUCUUCUCAUUUGUUGCGUAAUGCUUCAAGGUAGUUUGUAUUUGAUGCCUCUUGAGUUCUGUUUAAAGUUUCAAGGUUUUUUGGUGCGGGAAUGUCUGAGGCAAGACAUUGAAUUUCUGACGAAGUUACUGUUAUUGGUAUGAUUUUUUUCUCUAAUUGAUCGGUUCUCAAUGAGAAGGAUCUUUUGGAAGGAGUUGAAUCUUGUAUCUUAGGUGGAUUCUUUUAUGUACUCUCUUAGGUUGGAUGUUGACAGAUGUUGAAGAAGAGGAGUUCACAGAAAGCCAAUCUCGCGGCUGUGGUGAUCUGCUUUAGUGAAGAGAGCUUGCUUUGGAGUUGCUUUGGCUCACAAUGAGCUGCAUUUGUUGUAAGGCGUCUGCCAUUGAAGAUAGUAGGGAGAGCCCGAGAGAGAGGUUAUCGAAUAAAUCGUCGUCGGAUUUGCGGGUGCCUCGGGCGGUUUCUUCUAGGAGAGAGGAAGCAUUUCGAGGGAAGGAUAGACCGGAUGGUAGAGAGGGGAAGGCUACGUUGGUUGAAAAGCAAGGGAAUGGUUCGAUUCGGUUGCAUGGGGGUAAUUUUGAGAGGAAGAGGGAGAAGGCUGAAUAUGCAUUUGUUCAUCAUCCGGUUAUGGGCAGCAUUCCGAAGGCCACGGAAGGGGAGCAGAUUGCAGCAGGUUGGCCUCCUUGGCUUGCCGCGGUGGCUGGAGAAGCUAUCAGGGGCUGGGUACCACGGCGUGCAGAUUCAUUCGAGAAACUAGAUAAAAUUGGCCAAGGAACUUACAGUAAUGUUUACAGAGCCCGGGAUCUUGAUCAAGGGAAAAUUGUUGCAUUAAAGAAAGUACGGUUUGAUAACCUGGAACCUGAAAGUGUUCGCUUUAUGGCUAGGGAAAUCCACAUUUUGCGUAGGCUUGAUCACCCAAACAUAAUAAAAUUGGAAGGCUUGGUAACUUCACGGAUGUCUUGCAGCUUAUACCUUGUCUUUGAGUAUAUGGAGCAUGAUCUUGCUGGCCUUGCUUCAUUUCCUGGUCUCAAGUUCACAGAACCACAGGUUAAGUGUUACAUGCAACAACUCCUACUUGGACUUGAUCAUUGUCAUAGUCGUAGCAUUUUGCAUCGGGACAUAAAGGGUUCAAAUCUUCUGAUUGACAAUAAUGGCACCCUGAAGAUUGCAGACUUUGGCUUGGCAAGUUUUUUUGAUCCUCAUCAAAAUCAUCCAUUGACCAGCCGAGUUGUCACUCUUUGGUAUCGACCACCAGAGCUUUUGCUUGGAGCUACUCAUUAUGGAAUUGCAGUGGACUUGUGGAGUACUGGAUGCAUACUUGCAGAAUUAUAUGCAGGCAAGCCUAUCAUGCCCGGAAGAACAGAGGUCGAGCAGUUGCACAAAAUUUUCAAGCUUUGUGGUUCACCAUCUGAGGAAUAUUGGAGGAAGUCAAAAUUGCCACAUGCAACCAUUUUCAAACCACAACAACCUUAUAGACGAUGUGUCGCAGAAGUAUUUAAAGACUUCCCUCCUGCAGCUUUAGAGCUUAUGGAAAUGUUACUUUCUAUAGAUCCUGCAGAUCGUGGAACUGCAGCUUCUGCUCUUAAGAGUGAGUUCUUUACAAUGAAGCCACUUCCAUGUGAUCCUUCAAGCUUGCCCAAGUAUCCUCCCAGCAAGGAGUUUGAUGCAAAAGUACGGGAUGAAGAAGCUAGAAGGCAAGGAGCAACAGGUGGUAAGGGACAAAGGUCUGACCUUGAAAGGAAAGGGCCAAGAGAAUCUAGGGCGAUUCCAGCACCUGAUGCCAAUGCUGAGUUGGUUUUGUCAAUGCAGAAACGGGGCCAGUCCAAUUCCAAGAGUCGGAGUGAGAUGUUCAAUCCUCAUCAAGAAGAAGUUGCGUCUGGUUUUCCAAUUGACCCACCUAGACGAUCACAGGACAUAGAAGAAGUGAGCAAAGAUACCCAGGGGCAUUUUCAUAAAAGAGCUUCACAUUCAGGGCCAUUGGUUCACAGGUCUGCUUGGUCCAAGACUGGGAAGAACCUGGAUGAUGCUCCAAAGGUUUCAAAUGGGUCUGACCUAUCAGCACUGUCUAGAUUAGUAGCGGCAAGAAAUUUGUUGUCUGAUGAUCGCAGGGAAAAAUCUGGUCCUUCACAACUGGAUGUAACAAACCUAAUUAGCAAGCUUCCUGGAUCGUUUAAUGAAGCCUCUGAAUCUAGCGCAAAGGAGGAUCGGAAGCUUCAUACCCAAGUUUUUGUGGGUUCUCAUCAGAAAGAAGAUGGAAGGGCCAGCAACAAGGAGCAACUUCUGGGUUAUGGAUCUAAGGGCAACAAGAUUCACUAUUCUGGCCCACUACUAGUUCCUUCAGGCAAUGUAGACCAGAUGCUCAAGGAUCAUGAUCGCCAGAUACAAGAAGCCGUUCGACGAGCACGGCUCGACAAGGCAAAAUAUAGGAAACUUCGGGCCGAGGGUAACCCAAUAUUUGCCUCUGGCCGUGGAGCUGUAUAAGAUGAUAAUGUACCAAAUAGAAGAUUUUUCCUGUCGAGGGAGAGAGGGAGAGAGAUCACAUAGAAAAGUAAGAGUGGUGGUCAGCUCCCUUGGUCGGGUAAUAUAAUCAGGUGUAGCCGUGUGGGGGGAUUUAUGUAUAGGGGGGUGUUGUAAGGAAGCCAAGCCUGGAGUGGAAAUGAUGAAUCAAUACUGGCCUUUGGUGCCAAGUUCAUAUCCCGUCAACGUAAUCACUUCUGUACCCAUCCUGAUCUGCAGCCCUGUUUAAAGCAUUUCUUUCUCAGUUAGCCACACGCUCAGCUCAGUUAACAACAGUGGAGUGUUCCUUUUUUA